AUGUGUAUAAGACUGGGGGGAUGCUGUCGUGCCGUCCGACAGCACAUCUUCUACGCCCUGAGCUAUGUCGCUAUGCCUGGCUUCUGGGCCGAGACUCUGAUCUCCCAGAUGCUCGGUCUCAACUCACAGACGAGUUUCCGCAUGUUUCCUCCGGCAGACAUCGUCCACGGCUUCGACACGAGCAUAGCAUAUAGCAAUGCUCUGAUGAUAAUUAUGUGCAUACCCUACUUUCAGGCCAGUCCUUCCAUGCAAUUCUGCAUCAUGCUUGCUCGCUUCAUGAUUGACCACGGCAAGUGGAAGCUUGCCUGGCGCGUUGGGAAUUUAAUCAUGAUCUUGUGA